UCGUCGCUAUUAAUCUGGGCCUACGUUAUUGCCUGCUUCGAUUUAAUCAGCGCCGUGUUUUUUUCUAUGGUUAGCUUUAAGACAAUCUGCGAUCGCCUGAGUUGGCUGACCAUUUUCGCUGUUAUUUUUGGCAUUUUCUGGGUAUCGAUGAUUCUGAUGCUCCUGUUUGGCAUUCGUCUGCGCCAUCCGAAAUGUGUUCGUGCCUGGAUUAUCUUUUCCUGCUUUGGAAUCCUGGUGGAGAUGUGCCUGAUAUUGUAUGCCGUUUUCACCGAGAGUACUUUUCAAGCGGGUCUGAUCAAAAAUGGGCUGUUGCUGCUACUGGGAUUAAUUGUGGAGUGCAUUUUUUUGUAUAUUGUUUACCGAUUUAACGUGACGUUGGCCUUUUGCCAAGCUUGCCAUAAAGCCAUAAAGUCAAAAGCCGUAAAUAGCAAUUCUGAUAAGGAAAGGUGCCCCGAACCAAAUCGCCAAACUCAAACCUAUCGAUCACAAGGUCAACAUUCUAGAAGACCCCAACAAAUCCAACAUCCCAGAGGAAAAAUAGUUCAAAAUACACCAUCACAUCCCAUGAAGCUAAGUUUUCUUAGAUCUUCUGAAAGCAAUAUGAUGCCAUGACUUA